UCGGAGUUGUUUACCAUAUAAUUCUUAUUUGUUAUAUAUUAUUGACUGAAAACAUGCUUGAUAUUAUGCCUUCUAAUGUUUUUGACGUAAAAUGUGUCAGCAUACAUGUCUGUGUGUCUGUAUGCGCAACCCCAUGCAUUCCGACAAUGGACUCGCCCGUCGUCAGGCCUUUGCAGUAGGGAGUUGUUUGGCGGACCCCGCAAGUUUUUCUUUACUUUACAUGUUAUUUUAGUUUCUCUGAGGAAGGCGAAAACCCUCGUUUUUAUCAACACUAGCCUCGUUCUUCACUCACCGUGUCGAGGGACCUAAACAACAAAGUGUUUCGGGGCGUGGUACACAUACUAGAGAGGCGGAGAAGGAAGGGAGGCAUCGGGGAUUCAGACGGACCACGGCUGAGCUCAGGAUGCCGACGGUGCGGGACAGCACUAUGUCCCACCCCGGGGAGAAUUCCCACCAAGUCCGGGUGAAGGCGUAUUACAAAGGGGACAUCAUGAUCACUCAUUUUGAGCCGUCCAUCUCAUACGAGGGUCUCUACGGGGAGGUGAAGGACAUGUGCUCCAUGGACAACGAGCAGCUCUUCACCAUGAAGUGGAUCGAUGAGGAAGGUGACCCCUGCACCGUGUCCUCUCAGCUGGAGCUGGACGAAGCUCUGCGCCUCUACGAAGUCAACAAAGACUCGGAGCUCAUUAUCCACGUUUUCCCAUGUAUACCAGAGAAAGCUGGCAUGCCGUGUCCGGGAGAAGACAAGUCUAUAUACAGGCGUGGAGCGCGGCGCUGGAGGAAGCUUUACUACGCCAGUGGUCACGCCUUUCAGGCCAAACGCUUCAACAGGCGAGCCCACUGUGCCAUCUGUACAGACCGGAUCUGGGGUCUGGGAAGGCAAGGCUACAAAUGCAUCAACUGCAAACUGCUGGUGCACAAGAAGUGCCAUAAACUGGUCACAGUGGAAUGUGGCAGGCCGAUGAUCCAGGAUCCAAUCAUGCCCGGGCAACCAUCGAGUCAAUUAGACCAAUCUGAACAGCCAGGCCCUCAGAAUAAAGACUCCAGAGAAAGCUUGACUUACGAUGGAGAAGAGAAAGAGGCCAGGAGUAGUAGAGACACUGGGAAAUCGCCUUCCAGUCUGGGCCUGGCCGACUUCGACCUGCUGAGGGUGAUCGGCAGAGGUAGCUACGCCAAGGUGCUGCUGGUGCAGCUGAAGAAGACGGAGCGCAUCUACGCCAUGAAGGUGGUGAAGAAGGAGCUGGUCAAUGACGACGAGGACAUCGACUGGGUCCAAACAGAAAAGCACGUUUUCGAGCAGGCCUCCAAUCAUCCCUUCCUGGUCGGCCUCCACUCCUGUUUUCAGACGGAAAGCAGACUGUUCUUCGUUAUUGAAUAUGUGAACGGUGGAGAUCUCAUGUUCCACAUGCAGAGACAAAGGAAACUACCAGAAGAACACGCCAGAUUCUACUCAGCAGAGAUCAGUCUGGCUCUCAACUACCUUCACGAGCGAGGAAUCAUCUACAGAGAUCUGAAGCUGGACAACGUGCUGCUGGACUCUGAGGGACACAUCAAACUUACAGACUACGGCAUGUGCAAGGAGGGCUUGAGGCCAGGCGAUACAACGAGCACUUUCUGUGGUACCCCCAAUUACAUCGCCCCUGAAAUCCUCAGAGGAGAGGAUUACGGUUUCAGUGUGGACUGGUGGGCGCUGGGCGUGCUGAUGUUCGAGAUGAUGGCGGGCCGGUCGCCCUUUGACAUCGUCGGCAGCUCUGACAACCCGGACCAGAACACAGAAGACUACCUCUUCCAAGUAAUAUUGGAAAAACAGAUCAGAAUCCCGCGCUCGUUGUCUGUCAAAGCCGCCAGCGUCCUCAAGGGAUUCCUCAACAAGGAUCCAAAGGAACGUCUAGGCUGCCACCCUCAGACAGGCUUCGCCGACAUAAUGGGCCAUCCGUUCUUCCGAAACGUCGACUGGGACCUUCUGGAGCAGAAGCAGGUGGUCCCGCCUUUCAAGCCCAACAUAUCAGGCGAGUUCGGACUGGAUAACUUCGACGCUCAGUUCACAAACGAGCCCAUCCAGCUCACGCCUGAUGACGAUGAUGUGGUUAAGAAGAUUGACCAGUCUGAGUUCGAAGGAUUCGAAUACAUCAACCCACUCCUGAUGUCGGCGGAGGAGUGUGUGUGACAGAGCCACAACGUCUGUUCUCACACACACCACCCACAUACACACACACACACACACACACACACACACACACUCUCAUGCACGUGUUACGUGGCGUCUCAGUGUCUUCAGGCUGCAUGGUUAUGGGACAACCGGUGACAUCAUCCUCCUGUUGGAGGGCCGCACAUGCACAGCAGAACGCUUAUUUGCCAAAACCAGUCUCACACUCUGCCAUUUAUAACCACUUGCCCUUAAGUCUACCUUCUUAAUUAUUUUUAUAUCAUGUAAAUCUGCACUGAUAUCGAUUAUCUCAUCGGGGCCUCUUUAGCGGUAGCUGACGAGGCUACAAAGUUCUUCCAAGGUCGCUGUACAUCGGGGGCGGGGGUGAGGCUAAACCCCCAACAGAUGAACUGAACAUCCUCUCCUUCCAGCUGGUGGGGUGUUUCCAUGCAUAUUUUAUUUGUACAUAUAUGAAUCUACUAUAAAUGUUAGACAAGGCCUUUUUAGCUUCAAGCCACAGGGCAGACAAAGCGGACACCUAUCAUCAUCAUCAUCAUCAUCAUAAAGUCGUUUUUGGAUUCAGCUUCAACAUUCAACAUCCAUUCUGUAGAGGAAAACAUAUCAUAACACUAGCCUUUUAAAAAAAAAACACAAAAAGAUAAAAAUCUAUAUAUUUUCUCAUGUUUUAUUUAACAACAUCAUUAUAUAUGUUGUUCUAAUGUGUGACAUGUCCUGCCUGAGUAACAGAGCCAAAAAAGGUUCAGGCUUUAUGGAAUACACGACAUCUGGAAAGCAGAAGGCGUCUGCUUCAAGUCCCUUCUCCCCAGAAUGAAGGAACGUAUACAGCAGCAUCCAACCAACGCUAACAAUGAGUUAACGCUCUCAAACUGUGAAUGAAAGAGCUCGCUUUGCAGGGAAGUGGGCUGGAAGAGAAGCACAUCAUACCUGAACGCUGGAGCACAGGUUACAUUUUGCUGUGCAGACCAUCCAUUACAUAUACAUUCACAGAGGACCAAAAAAAAAAAAGCAUUUUUCUGAAGAAUGUCUUGCUGGUACGAAUUAAAAAGGGACAGUAUACACAAUGUUCUGUCCCAAGUCAUAGAAUUUAUAUAUUCAGAUUUCUUUUGUUAAUUUUAAUACUAUGCCAUUCUGAAACGUAUGGUCGGUCAUCUUUUUUUGUACUUUAUCCAUUCCAUGUUUGUCUUCUGUUGUAAAUCAACAUUUUAAAUGAUUGCUGAAACGAGAGCUCGGUCAGAAAGCCACAACGCAGCGCUGACUGUAAACUGCAUCCAUUUUAUCUACCAUUACCCAUUUUGUAAAACGGCUUGGAGGCAUUAGGGCUAUGUAGAGCUUCCCUGUAAAACAUUACACUACAACCCCCCCCCCCGACUGUAAUGACACUCAGUGACGGUGCAUGAUGGACCUCCAGACUCUUCUUUGAGGGACUCGUUCAUCGGUUACAUAAGUUACUUUAGCUUUUUUUGUAACUUUUUUUGGUGGAUCAGAUUUAAUUUUGAAUCUUUUUUGUAUCACUACAUUGAUUCCUAAAUGUUAAUGGGGGAACCCAAUGGAAACACUAUUUGUUGUAUUUGUUGUGUUUUUUGGGAUGUUUACCACCCAAAGGACUCUGCUGACAGUUAUUAUUUGUGUGCAAAGAAAAAACAAAGACGAUAAAAUAAACGUUUUAUUUCUCUCCUUGUGUUAAUA